GGCUCAGGGCUCUCCGGCAAGACCGCGUCAGCCAGUAGUCUCCGCCCCGCGGGAAGCCAGAGCGCAAACGCCGCCAGGCCCUCGCUGUGCGCACAAGAGGCAGGAUGGGCGAGCGUGGAGCCAGCUGCAACUCUCUCGGGAGGUGCCUCUGGACGUCCUGCUGCGCCGCCAUCUGGGCCCUGACCAUCGUCGGCUGCUUCCUUGGCACCGUCGCGGUGAGGAGCCUGAUCGGCCCCCUCAAGGACUUCCCCGCCAGCCUCCACGAGGGCUUCUACCAGGAGCUCGGCUUCGCUGGGCUGAGGUCGGACUCGGAGAGGGUGCAGAACGCCUCCGCGGCCGCGCUCGCGGCCUGCGGUGCCUCGGUCGCGCAGUGCCCCAGCCCGCCCGGCGCCGGCACCCAGGCGAACACCUCGGCAGAGCGGGCGGAGAUCCAGGGCGCCUUCAGCAGCUCCCUGAGCACGAUCUUCAGGGUGGCCACCGAUCCCUACCUGGGCACCGAGGGCCUGAACUCCACGGCCGAGCACCUCAGGAGCAUCUCGGAGCAGCUGGACAGCCUCGCCACCGCGGAGUGUGACGUCACCAACGUCGCGUACUGCGAGAUCCACGAGGCCGCCGACAGCCUCGUGGACGGGUCGCAGCAGGCUCUCGCUGCCAUCGACGAGCUGAUCGACUCGGAGCAGGUCCAGCGGUUCGAGGACGACCUCGCUCUCCUGUACGUGCUGCCCUACCUGCCGCUGGUGUCCCUGCUGUUCUUCUCGUGCUUCUGGAGGAAGGACGCGGCGUGGUGCUGCUGUGGCGGAUCUGCCGUUGGCUGCCUCGCCUGGGCUCUCCACGUGGCCUUCUGGUUGGCCUCGCUGAUCGUCAACCUCGUGAUCCUGGUCGCAGCGUGGGCCCUGAAGUUCUCGCAGGACGGGAUCACGAUGGGCGCGCCCUUCCGCGGAAAUCCCACGCUCUCGGAGCUGCUGAGCCAUGUCGAGAGGACCUACCCCGACUUCUGGGCCAUCGUGGUGGUGCCUCUGGAGGAUCCUCUGAGCAAGCUGUACGCGUCGUCCUUCGUCCUCCUGGUGGCCUGCCUCCUGCUGGGGGUUUACGGCCUCUGCCUCCCCGUGUGCCGCCCGUACACGGACAAAGGGACUGCUUGAGUGCGAUAGGGGGGCGUCUAGCCUUAUGUCGGGCCUGUUCCCCUACAGGGUGAUUUUCGACGACAAAUAACAAAUACCCCAAACAUAGUCAGAAAAUAGUCCAAAAAUAGUUUGGUGACUAUUUUUGGAGUAUUUUUUGAUAUUGUUGGGGCAUUUUUUGGGGUAUUUUGCAUUUUUCGUCGAAGAUCCCCUGUAGGGGGACACGCCCGACUUAAGUCUAACCGCAUCUACCCGGUGGUGUCCCACCAAAGCAUCAGCCAGCACAGUAAAGCCUGUGCGUGCUGCAAUUGUGCAUCCCCUGAGCGGGACGGUCCAGGUCCUCACCGGUGCCGUCCCGCGCUUCUUUCACUCUUCAGAUCCAUCACGGCCUUCAGCGGGGUGCAUCCAUCCCUGCUUACAGCGCUGUGGGCCAGUCAAUCGUGGCGAAGAAAAGGUCCUCAGGACCCAGCUAGAACUGUCAGCAGGAUGUGCGAGCCCCCCCUGCUCCACGGCUGAUCAGGCUUUCGUUGGCCACCCCCUGCGGUACACACAGUUGCUGGUCUAGCUUUCUUUGUUUGGGAGGCGGGAGCAGCAGCAGAAGGCAGGAAACGGCUGCCUCAUCGCACUCCGCGCGGAAUCGUCGCCUCGCUUCCGCGCGACUCGCCCCGUCAUGGGAGAUGGAGCCGUGCGCAGCAAGCCUGCCAGGAGCAGAUGUGUGAGGAG